UAUCCAGCCUCAUGCCAGUCUUAGAGGUCCCUUCACGUUGGACUCUCCCAAGACGUAGAGUGCUUCUGGAGGUGAAUGCGGGCAAGAGGUGAGGAGGGUCCGAAACAAACUGGGAACAAUCUUCAAAGCUUGGGGUACUUCGUGUGGCCUCUGGGGACAGCCCACCCAACAGGAGGGAGCCCCCGUGGGCAGCCCUGAGGAGCAGGGGCAGAAGAAAUGGCCCCCGAGUCUCUGCUAAACAGGGUUGUCUCUAUUUGCAGGCAGUAUCCAGGCCAGAACUUCUCAAGGUGCUCGUGAGACCCAGACCAAUUCCGCCAACAUCAUCUGGAAAGAGUAGAAUUUUAUUUUUCUUCUCAACCCAGGAAGCAGAGACUGGAAAGUAUAGAUGCUAAACCUGCCCCUCUGUACCAGAGCUCUGCCCACUGAGUCAGACGCAGAAGGCAGAGACCGGAGCCUGUCGCUGAGCCGCGUGAACACUCACCUCCUGCAGCAGGCCUCGUGGCCGCACCAGGAGCCAGCGACAUAGGAAAAGUGGCAGGCGUGCUGGCUGGCUGGUUGUGACUGAGACCAGACGCAGAGGCUGAAGCCGGAGAGGACUGACGGGGUUCCCACAGGAUGGACACCACCCCAGCCCCUUUGGAAGUCACAAGGAAGACGCUGGACCCCAGUACGCCACGGGUGACUUUCAGCAGCCUGGAAGAAGAUAAAGACCAGAGCAGCACCGUCUUUUCUGGGUUUGCCGGACUCCUCGCCAUCCUCCUGAUCCUCAUAGCUUCCUGCAUCCUGUGGAACUGGAACAAAAGGAAAAAGCGGCAAGUUCCUUACCUUCGAGUUACCGCCAUCCCCUCACUGACCCUGCCUCAACCCAGACAACGAGCCAAAAAUAUUUAUGACCUCUUGCCUCACCGACAAGAAGAGCUGGGGAGACAUCAGUCACGAAGUAUCCGUAUUUUCAGCACUGAAAGCCUCAUCUCCAGAACCUCUGACGUCAUUGAGCGUGUGCCCUCUCAAGCAGGCAACACCCUCUGGAGACACCGAGCCCACGUCCAUGCUGUGGACUGUGCGGUGGGGGUCUACGACAACGCCACCGUGCCCCGGGCGUGCGGGGACCUCGCUGCCUCGGCACACUACGUCAACGUCGCAGCUUCGGGGGACGGCUCGAGCUCAUCUUCAGAGGAGUCGGAUGAUUAUGUCAAUGUCCCCACAGCAGAAGAUCCCGCUGAGCUGUUAACUUCUACCGACAGCCUGCCUGAAAAUGUCUCUGUCCUUCCAAGGGUCCAAGGGCUGGAGUGUAACGAGGAAGGACACAAGAGCUGUGGGGACACUGGUGAUGGCACCAGUUUUGGGUUUCCAGGAACUGAGGGCAGUGAUCCGCUCAGCGAUGGGGAGGGUUCUUCUCAGAGCUCCCAUGACUAUGUCAAUAUGACAGGUUUGGAUCUUGGGGACAUCCAGGAGAAGGAGCCCUGGGUGGAUUUUCAGUGUGGCAGAGAUUACGUAAAUGUCCCAGCAGAGGGCCCUGACAGAAGCCAGCAGCAGGCUGAGGAAGAAGAGACGUCUUCGAGCACAGACCAUGGAGAGGGCAGGACAGAUGGUCCAGGGACCCACAUCCAACCUGUCACACAGAGACCCCUGUCUUCCGGGUACUUCGUGGCCUUUCAGCCAUCCUUCCAGAGUGGGAACAGCCAGACACAUGGAGAAGAGAUGUCAGAGGAAGAUUCGGAUGACUACGAAAAUGUGCUGGCUGCAGAGUUAGAAGGCAGGGACUGGGAGCAGGGGCCUGGCCCUCAGCUCCUUCCUGAUCAGUGAAUACCUAGGUAUCCAGCUGGAAAGCCUUGAGGAGCUGUCUAUCCUGCCAGAGUCCAGCGAAGAGCCCUGAGUGCCACAGUAUUUCAGUAGAUUCAGCUGGCUCAGCUAACCAGAGGCUGAGAGAGGUGGCGAGCUAACAGGCUGCACAAAAGCAGAGGCUUGGGAAAGGAACUGUAAAAAUGGUUAUCUCUCAUACUGACCUCAGAAUGUUUUCUGAAAGUGCUGGAUUGGACUGUUAGGAAAUAAAAAACACAAUAGAACUUAGUGCACAAUGGACAUUUAUUCUGAAAUAAUUACCUUCACUAACAGAGGCAGCUCUAAAGCAGGAGUGUAGCUUACUUUGUGAUCCAGGCAAAGACUGAAUGUAAGGAAAAAGUAGGGGUGGGGUAGGCAAUUUCCAUUUUACAAAGAGCACAGAUAGCUAUGCAUGUCUCCUAGCUCUCUAGACUAAGAGCCCUUGAAAGCUCUUGGUUUCUAAAUGCUAUUCUCCAGUACAGAGUUCCUUGGAAAAGUGGCUGGUUCUAGGGCUGGCAUAGGGAAGAUACAGGAUGAGCUUGUGUACCUUGUCGAAAGGAGAGAAAAGAAAAAAGGAGAGACAGGGAGACAGAGAGAGAACAGCCAACUGAAAGAGCUCCCAAAGACAAAGCUAGAACAAGGUUAAAUAAAUUAGAUGAGUUUCAAAUAAUAUAUGUAGGAAGAAUGAGAGAAAUUUUAAAAAUCACAAUAAAGAUACCACAGAACAGAUGAAGAUUUGCUACAGGCAAAUCCACUCAUGAACAUUGAAAUUAGUAAAACUUUAAGAAGAAACGAAACAACUGCACAGCAGCAAAGAAUCUCCUUGAAAACAUUUCUUCACUGAUUGUUUUUAACACAUGUCCACAGUUAUCUGAUGCCUCCCUUGGAGUUUAAUCCCCCUCCUCUUCAGUACAGGCUAAAUCUAGUGACACUCUAAUGGGUAGAGCACGGAAAGAGGAAAAUAGUGAUUUACAGGGGAGGGAUGAGGCAGACACCACCCUCACCAAGGGACUCCAGUCAGCUCAAAGGUAACAAGCUGUUACUCUCAUGUGCCCCGAUAUGAUGAAGAAUAGCACCCCAAGACCCAUAACCUCAGUCUUAUCAUCAGAAAACUCCAGAUUAAAUAACAUUAAAUUAAAUAGCAAAGACUGGACCAGAACUAUUCAAGGUGUCAAGGUCUGGGAAGACUGUGAAACCAUCACAGAUUGGAGAAGACUAACGAGUCAUGAUGGCUAAAAUGCAUCCUGAUGGCUUGGACUGGGCCUCGGAACAGCCCAAGAGGACUCUACUGGAAUGAGAUGAAUGAGACGGAAAGAUGUCCAUACUGCUGCUAGCAGUAUCAUAUGAGCGUUCUUCUUUUGUGGUACCGGGGAUCAAACUCAGGACCUUGUGCUUGCCAGGCAGGCGUGGUGCCACUGAGCUACAUUCCCGGCCCCAAUCCCUUCAUUUUUAUACCUGUUCCAUGCUUAUGUAAGAUGUUAGCUUGGGGGAAGAUGGGGGAAGGAUACGCAGGAACUCUCUCUUACCUAUUCUUGUAAUGUCUGCAAAUCUAAAAUUAUUUCAGGAUAAAAAAUAAUUUUAAAGCAUGGACCAAGGUGGAACUGAAGCCGCCUGGGUUCAUCCCAUUUAAAUAAACCACAACCAUUCCGUGUCUCUGCUCCUUCCGCAAAUGGGUUAUAAAUUAUGUUUGUAGCUGCCCCAAGUAUUGUUUGUUUUCUGAGCAUAGAUGCCCAAUCCCCCCUGUUGAUCUGCAGUCACACUGCCUGCCGCAAAAUACAUUGAAGUACUCUGUGUUCACCCUGGCUCCUAGCACAAGGAUCAAAGUAAAAGCAGAUUAUUGACAACUGAUGAUUAAUAAGGUGGUUCAUUGCGCAUACUUUUUUUCUUUCAGUACCAUGUAUGGAACUUAGGGCCUUUGCAUUGAGCUACAUC